GAUUCCACCGCCACGCCAGGCGCACGGAAAGCAGCCUUCAUCGCAUUCCUCCACCGUCCGAUCACUCCGCGAAUGGACCUGUCACCCAAGCGACAGCCAUAAGAGCUGUGCGACGCGCAUGCUGAGGCUUUUUUUCCGCGUGCGCUGCUGCAUGUUGCGACGGAGGUUUCUAAUUCACGCUGAGGGGGAGAGGAGCGAGGCGACGUCAUGACGCAGAUUCGUGGCAAACGGAGAGGAGUUGAUGGGAGAGAAAACAGGCGGAAGGCGGUGGUUGGCGUGUUAGGGACUGGAUCGAAACAAGCUCUGCAAGCAGCUAGAUGGUAUGGUGGUGGCUAGUGUCCCGGGCUUUCCGCUAGGUCGCUCACGAGCGAGCAGCGACGAUGCAGGCAGCGAUGGACGUGGCGGGCGCGACGGUAUCGACGGUGGUCAAGGCGGUGAAGGCCGUGGCGGCGAGAUUCCACGCCAAGGACCAGGUGGUGUGGCUGGGCUUCGACACGCUCCACAUGAGCCGCUCGUCGCGGCGCCAGGUGCUGCUGCUGGCGUACACCACCGGCUUCCACGUCUGGGACCUGCAUGCCGCCACCCCGCCGCACGCCCGCGCUUCCAGCGGCGCUCGCGGUGGCGGCACGAGCAGUAGUGCCGCGGUGCCGUCGCCCUCUCAGCUGGUGUCGUGGCGGGGCGAGCUGGUGUCCAUGCUGUGCGCCGUGCCCCACCCCAUCAUCCGCCCGCUGCCAGCGCACCGCGACUCAACGCCCAUGCCAUCGUGGCAGAGCGAGACGCAGGGGCUGGACGGCCAGCACGGGUGGCCAGAGGAUCCAGAGGAUCCAGAGGAGGGUGUUGGUGAAGAUGCGUGCGACCGGUGGGCCGCCCAUCGCCCCCUCGUGUGCGUCGCCUUCCCUGCUGCCACCCGCGCCGCCCCUCCUACUUGCGCGUGCACGCAGCACGCAGACAGCAGCGCGCAGGCGGUGGGCGCUGGGGAAAGGCUGGAGCAAGAGGCAGAGAGUGCAGGCGGGACGAGGGAGGACGUGGGGUGGAGGCCAGGCCGAUGUGUGUGGGAGUACUGCGGAGGCGUGGGCGAGAGGGUGAGUGGCGAUGGUGGUGGCUCUGGCUUGGGGCACUGGGGUGGUGAGGAGGGGGGAGAGUCAACGGGCAGGGAUCAGCAGAAAGCGGGCAGGAGGCAAGGGCAGGCAGAGGGGCAGCAGGAGGAGUGGCGUGGUGGCACAGCGGGGUGUGACAGGUGUGGCGGCGCAGCCAGGGCGAGCACAGUGAGCAGAGCGGAGAACACGGCGAAUGGGUGUGGUGGUGGAGGUGGGAGGACGCGAGUGGCGCUCUACUCGUUGCGGCGGCAUGAUUUUGUGGGCAGCAUUGAGGUGGACGGGCCGGUGGUGGGCGUGCGGGCGAGCGGGCGCGUGAUAGCGGUGGUGCAGAGGGAGCAGGUGUUCUGCUACAGUAACACCGCACUUACCCCCAUCUUCUCCUUCCUCACACACCCCAUCCCCCAUGCCCUCAUCCCUCCCUCCCUCGCCCACCACCCCACACGUCUCCUGAAUACCCCUUCCACUUGCAAUUCCUCACACCCCUCCCUGUCCUCCUCCACUGCAGAAGCCAGCAGCUCCUCACACCCCUCCACUCCUUCCCUACUCCCCGUCUCCCCACCCGCCCCCCUCCCUCUGCCUCUCGCCCUCGGCCCUCGCUGGCUGGCCUAUGCCGCACCCCACACUCCCCCCGCACCUCCACACUCCCCCACCCUCCUUCACUCCACCGUCUCGCUUCCUCGCGCUCCGCCGUCCCUCGCCCCCUCUCACCCCCACAUCACUCUGCAAGACGUCGUCUCCCGCCAGCCAAUCGCGUGCUUUCCCGCCCUCGGCUCAUCGCCCCUUGCUGCACUGCAGUUCGACCCGUCGGGAGUGCUGCUGGCUGCAGCGUCCAUCCACGGCACCUCGGUGGGCGUGUGGCGCAUCGAUGGGCGGCAAGAGGGGUGGAAGCAGCAGCAAUGGGUCGGUGGGUCGACGUCGGUGGAGGGAGGAGCAGUGCUGCUCUACUGGCUGCAGCGCGGGCUGACAUACUCGGUGAGACAUGGAGAUUUUGGGCGCAUUGAUGGGAGGAUGAACCACUUGGCAGCGGUGAUGGGCUGCAGCACUGCUCCGCCAGGCAAGGAGAGUGCUCCGUCGCGCAACUUGUCUGCUUUAGCUCACUCACUGCCAAAUCCCUCUGCGCUUGGUCUUCCCAAUACCGCUCUCCGCGCACCCUGCACUGUGCAGAUCCCUCGAGCCAUCGCGUUUUCCCCCGACUCCUCGCUGCUCGCCCUGCUCUCCGCCCACGGCACGUCGCACCUCUUCCGUAUUGACCCCUUCGCCCCGCCUCACUGUCCUGACGUUGAAGAACCAGGCAGCCACACCCCCUCCCCCACCUCCCCACCUCCCCCUCUCUCCCCCGCCAGUGGCACAUCUUCAUCCCCCCUUCUCUCCGUACUCCGCCCUUCAUCUCUCUGCAUUGAAGCACCCCCUGCAGCCACCCUUUCCCCCUGCAUGCGCGUGAGAGGGAGCAUGCACAGCCUGUGGGGGGCAACUGUGGGCUCUACAGGUGCUGCAGGCGCUGUGGGAGCAGUGGGGGUGGUGGGUGCUGCGCUCACUGCUGCUGUGGGCGGAGGUGCAUUCAGGAGUAUUGCUGCUGCUAUCAGCUUUGCACAGUGGGGGGGGGGUGAAGAUUUUGUGUGUGUUGCUGUCUCUAGUGAGAGGACGGGAAUUGGGAGCAUGGAAGGGAGUGGAUGCGGUGUGAGCCCUCAACCAUGCGCCUGCUCUGCAGCUGGUGAAGGCGACCUUUCUCUGUGUGGCAGAUGGAUCCCACCGCUUCACUUGGAGCCUGGACAUUUUCCUAGUCUGGAGGGCUACCAAGCUUCCCUUCCCGUGCAAAUGAUUCCUGGAGCCUCCGAGCCUAGGCUCUGGAUGGUUUCCUGUCAAGGAGAUCUCUUUUGCUUGGCUGUGAAGAACUUACGCCCGGAAUCUUCGAGCACGUGCUACUUAGGAGGGGAGGGAUCAAGCUCAUGUGCUAAGCUGAUUGGGCAUUGGGAUGUGUGUAGAAGACAAAGCCAAGGGGUGGUCACAGAGACGUUGGACACCAUUCCUGGAGGAUCUGGUCUGAUGCUUCCUGGAUUUGGGAGUGCCAUCGAGGAUUUAGCGACGGAUUUGUAGUAGUGAGCAUGUGUUUUUUUUAUUGCAGGUAUUAUACAACUCGCUUCCACGGAAU